AUGGAAACCACACCAACAUGGAAAUGUUAUAGGUCAUAUAUAUUUUGUUCACCUAUUAGCAGUGAUGAUAUUAGAUAUCAACUUACUAAUGAUACUUCUCUUCCAGUUACAGAUACUAUCAUAUAUAAUCACUCUUUACUUCAUUUAGAAUUUAUUUUAAAUAGGCAUGAAAAAUAUCUUCGUGAUUUUCCUAACAUGCUGCUACCAACUAAUUUCCUUAAUCAAGAUCAAAUAAAUCAUUUAAUUAGAGAAAAACAAAGUUAUAAUAUCAUUGAACUUACUGAAAUAGUCCAAAAUGGAGUUCUUUAA